AUGGCGCUGCAGCAACAGGUCGCCGCGAGGUGGCAAGCAAACAUGAUGAAUCAGGAAGCCGAUUUUCAUGAGCGUCUGAAAGCAAGCGAGCUUCUGAGACCUGGCCAAGUGCAGGACAUGUUGUCGUCGGCGCCGUUGGUCAUCAAUCUCAUGGGUCAUCUUCGCUUGGCUGCGUUCUCAGAUGCAGCCGGGAGGAUAAGCGGUGGUAACUUCAAGGGCAAAUGCCUCCGUAACAAUGAUCUUUCGUCGAAUCUUAUUCAGCUCAUUCAGCAGGGGUACCUGACAUUCUCAACGGCGGAAGAGAGAAUGCUUGACUUGAAGGAGAAGCUGAAGAAUUUGUUCGGCGGACAAGGAACACCGUUUGUCCGUCUCAUCGGCGCCCUGAAAGAGGCUGAUGGAUCAGCCCUCAAAGUCUACGAGAAGCGUCUCAACACGGGUAUCGAUGAUUGCAUCGAGUACGUCGACGAUGUUGAAGAGCAGUUUAAAAACUGGGAGGAAAUGAUCUACGAACUGGAGCGAUUUGCGGGUUACAAAACAGGCCAAGAAGUACAGCAUCGCGACACUCAGCAAGCAACGAGAAAUGCUCUCAAGAAUCAGGAAGUCCAGGUCGAGGAAAGCCUCAAGUACUACGAAGAGAAGUCUAAGCGAGCAGACCGCGAAUAUGAAGAGUCGAAAAAGAAAGAGGAGAUGGCCCAGAAGAAAGCGUCCGCAUGGCGAUUGUUCGGGUUGAAAGCCGCGGCGAACACUUCGAACUUGGUCUUCGGAACUGUCAAUACUGCACUGUCAUUGGCUAAGGACGUCCCGCAGGUAGUCACUGCCGCUUCGAAGACCCUUCAUUUCUUCAGUGAGUCUGGACGAGGUGAAGCGUCUACAACACCUGACCAGGGUCCAUCGAACGCCGCACCUGCUUCUAAUUCCACUACUCAGGCUCCCUUGGACCCGAAUGAUAUGGCCUAUCAGAGAGCGGCAGACAUUUUCAACUUGGCAACUGCACUUAAAGGAAUUCUUGAGGGUAAUAUCGAGGACUCGCAGCAGGAGCUGAGCGAUCUGUCCAACCAGAUUGCAAGCGCCCUUCUGGAUUUCGAGAAGCCGGCUUCAAAGCGUUCUUAUGAUGCCAGAACUGCAUUGAGGGGAUGCAAAAACAUCGUUCAAGAAGCCCAGUGUAGCAAGAAAACUAUCGUCCUUAACAGUGACCAAAUCUCCAACCCCAGAUUGGACGGCUGGAAAAAAGAAUGCCAAGAGGCUUUGAAUAUCGCCAUGGCACUCGAGAGUGAGGCUGCAAACCUACCUGGCAGGGCCUUUGGCUGCAAUCUGCCCACGCUAUAUCCGAGCUCUUUCAAUGCUCUUGAUCCAAUGAAUAUCGACGCCAUCAUUAACGAGCGACAUCGAGAAUCGAUAAUGAUGCACAAAGCGGCGAUAGAAGCUCACGAGACCUACGAAGUGAGCCUGGAAAGGCUUUCGAAAAAGCAAUCUGAGAUCCAAGUCAUCGCUCUCAAACUGGAGCAGCUUGCAGAGCAGGAGCUGACUACGAAUGACGUCAUCGUGAUGCUAAAAGACACCGCAAAGACGAUGGGAACCUUACAAAACGACAUCAGUAGACUGCGCAAAUUCUUUCUCGGUAUCAGACGUGUCACCAAAAGCAUAUGCGGCGAGCAGACGACCAGCCUGCUGGACGGGAUCCACCUCAGUGGCUUCAAUAGAGGCUCGAAUCAGAUCUCCGAGCUGAAGCUGCAGGAGAUAUACAUCAUGUGGCUGACGAUACGCGGUCAAGUCGGCGCCGUGAACGAAGCCUGCUCUUUCUAUUGCGGAAUCUCGCAAACACAUAUCGUCCCGGCGCUACGACAGAUGAAUCGUCUGCCCAUCGACGCCGGGCGAGAGGAGCAGGCUACAGCACGACACGCCUUGACAGAGUCGACCGAAGCCGCUUCCAAGGAUAUUGUCGAGAUUGGGAAAAAGCAUUACGAAGCUCUACAAGCUAAGGUGACGGAAAUGGCAUCCAGCUACGCAGCCGAAGUUCGGUCGUAUAUGCCACUUCCUGCUGCAGAAGUGAAGAUCAUUGAGGAUGCGAGCGCUGAAGUGGGCAGACAGACUCGCAAAGCUAUCGCUAGUAUACCGUCAGCAGCGUACAAUCUUGAUUGUGGCAAAUUGUAA